AUGCCUGACCUCUUUGUGCUCUACCGCGACCCCGCGCACCCGCCACGCCUGCUCGUGGUGCAGUCGCGCCUCCGCCGUGGCGCCCUCCUCGACUCCAAGCUCUCUGAGGUGCUCAACCUCGCCAGUUCCCUCGAGGAGUCCCGCAACGUCUUCGAACAUGCCGAGUCCGCUGCCAAGGGCGUGCCGCCGCACCUCAUCGUCCAGAACCCCGCCUCCCGCGGGCGCAACCAUGCCAGAUCGCAUUUCAGUUGUUCCAGUUCCAUGUUUAUUACCCAGUUUCUUAAGAUCUGCAGAGAGGAACCAGACACCACUGUGGAGCCCCUUUUCUGUGGCCAACUUGAGCUUGCUCAUCCCAAGUGCAUUCUGCACCAACUGAGGCCUAUUAAGCGUGUUGCUUUUGAAGGGCCUGUAAUAGGAAGGCGUUUCUAUGGCUGCCCAGUCCAGGAAAAUGGUGUGAAUUAUGGUGUUGUAGAGUGGGUUGAUGGGCCUUGGCCAACUAUUCUUCAGAGAUGUUUGUGCAAGCUAUGGGAGAUGUUCCAUGAGCAGAACAUUGGAAGGGUACAGGACAAGGAGAAGUUUGAGAAGGAGUUGGCCAGGCUUAAGAGUGAACAUGAUAGGGAGUUGGCCAAGCUUAGGACUGAAAAUGACAAGCUUUGCAUUGAGUACACCAAGCUUGUUGAUGAUGUAUCCAAGAUGUUUGAUUGGCAGGAUGGUAGGGUGGACAAGCAGGUGUACCAGAAACAAGUGCAGGAGGAAGAACUUGAGAAGAAGAAGAAGGAGCUAGAGGAGAAAGCUAUGUUGGAGGUGCAGAUGGAAAAGCUCAAACUUGCAAAAGAGCAAAGGUGCAUUUUGCAGAGCCAAGCUGAUAUCAUCAAGAACACCAGGAAGGCUAUGAAGGAUGUUCAAGUUGACAGAGAUGUUCUUAAGAAGGAGAAGGACAAGCUUGAGCUUGUUGUUGCUGAGCUGCUGAAAGAUGGCUAUGGCAGCAAGGAGAAGUUAGAGCAAAUCAAGGCCAUCCUUGAGUCUUGAACUUGCUGUGAUAUGUUGGUGAAGUAAGUACAUCCAAAGGCCUUUAUAUAAGGAAGUGGCCUGGCAUGACUGCAAGUGAUUAUGGGUGUACAUUUUGGGGGAAUGUGAAGUUUAACCUAGUGUAAGAACCUUAUUUCCUAUGUUGUUAAGUUGUAAUGGAUCACCUAUGGUAUUAAGUGUUGUAAUGGA